AUGCGGUUCGCCAUCGUUGCUCUCAUUCUUCUUCAAAAGUCUCACGCUUCCAGAAAAAGCGCUCUACCAAAGUCCGCAGUCAACUCUGGACGGUUCGAUUUCACGGGCUGUCCGCUGGACAAUGAUUUCUACUAUGGAGGUGUAAUUUCAUCUCCCUACUACCCAAAUCUCUAUCCGCCUAAUACCGAAUGCUACUACUACAUAACUGCUGAACCUGGAAAAAUUUUGAGUUUCAAUUUCACGCAUUUCGACCUGGAGUCCUGUUGCGACUAUGUGACCAUCUAUGACGGUGAAGGCAUGCGAAGUCCAGUACUCGUACAGUGA